GCCGAGCGGGCAAGAGUGGGCGAGUUGGCGGCGGUGGCUUUGGUGUCGGAGUCGAGUUGCGGCCGGCGCGAAUCAUGGGCUCCGCUCGUCCCCCGAAGGCGCUCCCUUUCGCGGGCCUCCUGGCCACGCUCUUGCUGCUGGCCUGGCCAGAAUGCCAGGCGGAGGUCCAUAUGUCUUUGCCAGCUGAGAUGGAGGUGGUUAUGGGCCAGCAGGUGCCCAUUUUGUGCCCACACACAGUGACGGGAAAGAAGGGUUACCUCCUAGUGGAAUGGUUCAUUACGGACAAGAACGGGGAGCAGCGGCGUGUGGCCUACAGCGAUAAGGGUCAGGUGGGCGUGGAUAGAGGAACGGAGUAUACAGACCGCGUCUUUAUGGAUGCCAACUAUAGCCUGGUCAUUAAUGCCAUCGAUGUGAGUGACGAAAAGCCCUUCUUUUGUCAAGUGACCAGCACUUCUGGAAGUGGGAUGGGAGUGACCCAACUCAAGGUCUUUGACCCUCCGGAGCCCCCUGAGCUUACACAAAACUCCGGGACCCUCUCUGUGACCGUGGAUCUUGCUUUGGAGAUUGCAUUGUGUACAGGCAAAAAUGCCCACCCCGCACCAACCAUCAGCUGGUACAAAGAUGGGCGGCUUCUGAAUGUUACUACUGAACGCAAUAAAGAAGUCUAUGAGGUGGUGCGGACAGUGAAAGAAUCAUCGGGACUCUAUUCCAGAUCCAGCACGCUCUACAUGCGCCCGAAGAAGGCAGAUAAAAACUCCACGUUCCAGUGCAAAGUCAGCUACAAGAUGCCUUAUGGGAAACUUGGCACCGCUGAAUCACAACCUUUCAAUCUCACCUUGCACUAUUAUACAGAAAACGUGCAGUUUGUUUUGGAUUCUCCAAAGGUCAUCAAAGAAGGGGAUGAUGUGCAACUCCGAUGCCAGGGCGAUGGAUCCCCCCAGCCUGAAUAUUCAUUCUUCAAAGUGCAGAGCCCUGAUAAACUGUCCAACUUGCCUACCAACACCGAUGGUAUCCUGCUUCUUCCACAAGUGACCAAGGCUGACAGUGGGACGUACCGCUGCCAGGUGCUGGACUUCUAUAGUCCCACAGAGGUGGAACUGGAGAAGGAUGUCAGCAUCUUCAUCAACUAUCUGGACCCCCUGGUCCUAAACCCAAGCAAGGUAGUGAAAGUAAACCGAAGCGAAAAUCUUCAACUGACUUGUUCUGGCAGUGGUUCUAAGACACCCACAUUGUCAUGGAAGAAGGGAAAGGAGAAGAUAGGGAACGGCGGGACUCUGUCCCUGGAUGCGCUGACAUACCUCAUGGCUGGCACAUACAUCUGCGAAGCGUCCGUGCCCAGCAUCCCUGGACUGAAGCGGAAUGAAUCAGUCCAAGUCAUUGUACAAGGAAAGCCGGAGAUAGAGGGGCACCAAUCCAUGAUCCAGCCGCUGGACCAGACAGUGAAGCUCACCUGCUCUGUUCUAGGCCAUCCUCAGCCUGAGAUUAGAUGGAGCAUACCUGGUGGGAAGGCUCCUGUGAAGCAUUCAGCAAAUAAAUUUGUUUCUGAAUUGUUAGUGGAAAUGACCCCCAAGCUAGUCCAAAGCGGGGUUAAAUGCACGGCAGAGAACAAGUACGGCACAGCCGAACAGAACUUCCAGUUGAAAAUUGCUUCCCCAACAGCUUCUGCCUCCCCAAGCCCAGCUGCGGAAGCGGAAGAGAGUCAAGGUGGAAGCACAGUUGCGGUUAUUGCGGUGUGUGUGUGCGUCCUCAUCCUGCUCCUGAUCGUGGCCUUCUUCUACUUUAUGCAACGCCGAGGCCGGUUGCCCUGCAGCAAGGGGGAGAAAAGAUCUCUGACCCCCAAGGAAGGGACUCAAGAUAACACCGUGGUGGAGAUGAAAGCUGACAGGCGGAAUGAACAGACGGGGUUGCUGAGUCCUGGAGGAGGUGGUGGUGGUGGAACGAAUGAGUGCUGAGCAGAAAGAAGGCUGGACCUGUCUUCUUCCAGAGGGGCCCCCUUCCCAUUCUGUACCACCCACAAUGGAUGGAGAAGAUGCUCAGAGGGGACUCUGCCAGGGCAUGACAGCCCCCCUCCCUCCCUCCCUCCCUCCGAGGGCAGGGAGCUUCCUUUGCACCUAGACUUUUGUGGCAGGAGGGGUAGAGAUGCCAUGGGGGGAGGGUUAUUCUGCCACUACUUCUUCCUCCUUAAAACCACAUGUUUUGUGAUUUUUGUUUUGCUUUGUUUUAAAAAAGGAACUGACAAUUAUCUGGACAGACAUUCCAUUUGCAGGCUCCAGCAUUUCUAUACCUGUUGCUGCCCAGUAGACAUAAAUAAAGUCACCCACAGAUGCAUUUAUGUCAGUAAGGCAAGCAAACUGGCUGACCAGUUGGUUCUGAUUUUCCUUAGUUUUACUACCAACUUUCAGCAAGCCCAUAUCUGCCAGUUAGCUAUGAUCUAAAAUGAACCACGUUCUGUUAACCUACUGGUGAGUCAUGCUUGCCACAAGCACCUGUGUUUUAAGCUUGGGUACGUCUGCCCAUUUUCCUGUGAACAUGUACCCCUGUGUAUCCUCGGCGUAAAGCAUGCGCCCAAAGUGAACAUUUCUAGAGACGCUCUCGUUCCUGCAUGUACGAGCUUGCCCAUCCCACAGGCUUCUUCAUGCACCCGCCAUUCUAGGAUGGCCCAUCAUCCAUUUGUAUAUCUGUCUAGCAAGCACUUCUUCAGCACCUCCUGGUGCAUCUGUCACACUAGGGUGUCUGUCUGCAUUUGAGCAUCGCCAGCUUUGGAAUUUAGCCCAUGGCCAGUCCUUUAACGGUAAUUUGAUCAAUUAAACAAGCGAGUGAUAAUGUUCCUCCAAGCCACAAAAAUAUGCUGUGGCUGAUUUCAUAGAUGGGUCCUCUGUUUAAAUGGCUAGAGGUCAGUCGGCUGGCUGUAACGUUUCUUUCUGGCCAGUUGCAGCCCUUCCUAAUCCAUGCGCUUUCUUCUCUGGCAAUAAGGUGCUCUGAAGAUAUCCCAGCACUGACUCACAGUCAUUGGAGUGUGGGAUCCCGAUCUGCUAUGCCAAGGAAAGUUAUUUUGUCUGCGCGCCUGAACGGCAGCCUCAUGAGGAAACCUCCUCUCUCCUGCACACCAUGUGCUGACUUUGGCUUCAUAUAGCUUUGGGGGAGGGGGCUUUUCAGGCAGAAGGUGGGGUCUUCCAGCCACAGAUUUCUUUCUUUGUGGGAUGGCUGGGGGACAUGCAACGUGCUCCAAAAUUACUUACCUGUAUUUUUAUGUUCCGUUCUCUCAAUGUCUCUGCUCCUGAGGUGGUGCCCACCUUCGACCCCCAUCUUUGUUGGUGACAGUUGAGCCCUCCCAGUCAGUGUAUCCUCUUCCUUCUGUGUGUCAGUUUUGGUAGGGCACUGUUUUGUGUGUGUGGCAGAAUCUCUUGGGGAUAAGCCUCUUUUUCAGGAUUGUGACCUUCCUGUUGUCCCCAAUCCCUGUGACGCGUCACUUUCUUUCUCUCUUGCACUGUCUGGUCAAGACACUGGCUUUGGGGAAAGAACCUGGGCCUUUCUUUUUAUAAUUAGAGUACCUUUAAUGGUGUUGCAGCCUCGGGAACAGAACGGAGCUGCGAGCUCUGACACAGCAUGGUGGACACAGGCAGGUGGUUGUGAGGCUAGGAGAGGGGGGCUAACCUAGGGGCAGGGGUCUUCCAGAAGAAGCAUUUUUAGAGAGGGAAGGAAGCUGGAUAUUUUAAGAGUUUCUCUUUGAUUGGCAGCUGGAAUAUUCCUUUAACUCUCCCAUUACCUCUCCUCCCUGAUUCCCACAUGGCCUUCCAGAUGUGGUUGAACUUCCACUCCCAGCAACUAUUGGGCAGGCUGGCAGGGGCUGCUGGGAGCUGUAGUUUAUCAACAUCUGGAGGUGUUUGAUAAAGGAUGAAGGCUUGCUAUAAUGCCCAGUGUUUAAAACUGCCUCUUAGGUCUCAGUACAUUUUUAGCCCAUUCCCUUUGUACCCACUGCCAAUUCCAGAGUUGCUUCAUUUAAAACAAAACAACAGCCACCUCCCAGCAAUUUGAUCUGUUGGCCAUGGCUUUCUGGAUUUUUGCCUCGAUUGGGGGGAGAUGUGGAUUAAGUGGCCUUUCAGAGUUUUUUUUAGCUCUCCUUCUGGGCGGGGAUUCCUCUGCAGACCAAGGCAGAGGAACAAAUCAGUUGGCAACCUAGAGGAACAAACCAGUUGGCAACCUAGCAGCCUUGCAUCCUUUGGGCCGCCUCUCCCCACACCACCCUGUGUCGGUGCUCCCGUGUCUCUGUUCAGACAUUUCUAUCCUCUACAGCCUUUGCCCAGGUUAUGCUGUACGUUAGCCAUUAAAAUAUUGUAACCUC